AUGGCCUCCAUUGAGUCUGCUGCCACAGGCACAACCUCUUCCUUUGGUGGCAAUAACAACCACGAUGACUCUGACGCUCAACUUUCUCAGAUCCAACAGAAGUAUGAAGCCGAGCGGAACAGGCGUAUCAAAUCAGAAGGCCAAUCCCAGUAUAUGGCUCUCCAUCAAACAGAGCAGUACAAGCACUUUGUGGAUGAUAUCUUUGAUGGCUUGGAAGGCUCUCUUCCCGGAAUGCAGCUCCAGGAAAACCAACAUUUUAAGUUCGUGGUUCUAGGUGCCGGCUAUGGUGGCCUCAUGUUCGCAAUCCGUCUCAUUCAAGCUGGAUUCGAGCCUGAAGACAUUGCGAUUGUGGACGUUGCGGGUGGAUUUGGAGGAACAUGGUACUGGAACCGGUAUCCAGGACUCAUGUGCGACAUUGAAAGCUACAUGUACAUGCCGCUACUCGAGGAGACUGGCUAUAUGCCCAAACAUAAAUACGCCUACGGAUAUGAGCUGCGAGAGCACGCAAACAGGAUGGCCGCCACGUGGAACUUGAAGGAUCGGGCAGCCUUUCGAACCGCUCUUCAAUCGGCCACUUGGAGUGAGGAGCAACACGAAUGGAUCCUCGAUGUGACACAGAAACGGUCACCGUCCAACGAACAGGUUGGGUUGAAAAUUAGAAGCGACUUUGUCUUGACGUUAGGCGGACUUGCGAGCUUCCCUAAACUUCCCCAACUCCCGAAUAUGGAGCAGUUCCAAGGCGAACAAUUCCAUACGGCUCGUUGGAACUACAAAAUUACUGGUGGCUCACCGAGACAGCCAUCCCUGACAAACCUUGAAGGCAAGCGAGUUGGCAUCAUCGGAACAGGCGCGACCGCUGUUCAGGUGGUUCCUCGUCUCGCGGAAUGGUGUAAGGAGUUGUAUGUCUUCCAGCGUACACCCUCGGCUGUAGGCGAGCGGGGGCAGCGACCCACAGAUCCGAGUUUGUGGGAGAAAGAGAUAGCACACAAGGAAGGGUGGCAACGAGAAAGACAGGAAAACUUCGCGGCUUUUCUCUCUGCAGACCCUAGCACAUCUAGCGCAAAGGACAUGGUAGGCGAUGGCUGGACAACCAUGCCCUCGUAUUCUGCCCUUGCAGGUGGUCCGCGAGUAAAACAUCUAGCACCAGAACCGGAAGCUCUGGACUCGUACGUCAAAUGGCUCCAUAAGAUCGAUUUGGAACGUGCAAACAAGAUCCGUGAACGUGUCUCUCAGACCGUGAAAGACCCGGAAACUGCACAGCGGUUGACACCGUGGUAUCCAAGCUGGUGCAAACGGCCGUGUUUUCAUGACGAGUACCUCAAAGCAUUCAAUUAUUCGCAUGUAACGCUUGUCGAUACAGGGGGCAAGGGCGUUGAUGGAUUGACCAAAGACGGAAUAGUCUUCCAAGGCAGAGAGUAUCCUGUCGACGUUCUAGUCUGGAGCACUGGCUAUGCGCCGCCAAUGAGGGGAGGGCCAGAUACACUGGGCGGCUUUUCAGCAGUCGGUCGUGAUGGCUUAAGCAUGAAGGAGAAGUGGCAGGAUGACUUGGGCACCCUACACGGAGUCUUAACCCAUGGAUUCCCGAACUUCAUAUUCGUGGGCCCGGCUCAGAUUGGUAUUAGUGGUAACUUGAUACACACCAUUGAUGCUACAUCCGAACAUGUUGCAUACAUCAUAUCCAAGGCACAUGAAAAGUUGGAUGACGCGAAGAAGGUUAUUAUUGAGCCUACUUUAGCAGCAGAGAAGGCCUGGACUCAGCAGGUCGUCAACUACGCUCGUGGUCUUAGUGGCAUGAGUGGCUGUACUCCUUCUUAUUUCAACUUGGAGGGCGAGGCGGAUAAGGUUCGAAACGCGCCUCCUGAGGUUCAGGCUAAGGCGGCAAGGGCCAGUACUUGGGGAGCCGGCAUUACUGAUUACAUAUCUACUCUCCAGCGCUGGAGAGCCGAAGGAAACCUUCAAGGUAUUGACAUUAAGAUUGUUUAA